AUGGCAUUGGCAAUGGCAGAAUCUGUACCCCUUCUCUCCACAUUCUUCUGCCUUUUCAUGGCUGUAACAGCUGCAGACUGGAACAUUAUCAACCGAAGGACCAAUAAUGGCCUCAAAAUCAGCCUAAAGAACUACUGCGAAAGCUGGAGAUUGAACGUUGAGCUCCACAAUGUCCGAUACUUCAAGCUGGUUCCUGAAGAAUGCGUUGGUUACAUUGGCAACUACGUUUCCUCCACUCAGUACAAAGUUGAUUCCGAGCGGACGAUUGAAGAAUGUAUCGUGUACCUUACCAAGGGCUGCUCCCUUAAGGGUGACGGCACUGAUGCUUGGAUCUUUGAUAUCGAUGAUACCCUCAUCUCUACCGUGCCCUAUUACAAGAAAACUCAAUACGGGGGGAAGAAAUUGAAUAUCACAGAUUUGGAAGCAUGGAUGAGCGAGGCCAAAGCACCAGUUUUGGGGCACACAUUGAGGUUUUUCAAUCUAUUGAAAGCAAAAGGAGUGGAUAUCAUUUUGAUUUCUGCUAGAAGGGAAGCUCUGAGAUCAGCCACCAUUGAAAACCUCGUUCAAAAGGGGUAUCAUGGAUGGUCCGAUCUGUUCUUUAGGAGCGAUGAAGAGAAGGACGUGGAGAAAUAUAAGUCAGAUGUGAGAAGGAGAUUGGUGAAAGGAGGGUAUUGCAUUUGGGGGAUAUUGGGAGAUCAAUACAGCAGCCUUGAGGGAACUCCAAGUGGAAGAAGAACGUUCAAGCUUCCAAAUCCAAUGUAUUAUGUAGCUUGA